AUGGAAAAUUUUCUUGAAUUUUCAAUUGUUCACGAUAUGACUGGUAAAGGAUUAUCUACUUCUAAACUUCAGUUGCUAGAGAAAUUUGGACUUGAAAAAAAAAAACCUUAUAGGACAAGAUUAUGAUGACGCGGCAUCAAUGAGUGGGAAAUUCAAAGGCAUCCCUAGCAAUACAUCACAGGUAAAAUAUAAUUAAUAUCAUAUUAUUUUAAAGUUCUAUAUAUUUUCUUCUCUUUUUAUUGUAUUUAGAAAAUGAACCAAUUAAUUAAAAAGGUUAUAUUGUUUACAAUUUUUAAAUUUUAAAUUAAAUUAAUAUAAUAUAAUAUGUAUUUAUAGACACUAGGUAACCUACCUAUACAGUGUUCCAAUUUUUUUAAAAUUUUUAUAUUUCAUAGGCUGUUCCACUUGUGCUUUAUGUACAUUUAGCUUCUCAUUCAUUACAUUUGGCUGUAGGAAAUUCAUGUAAAAUCGUAUCAAUUAAAAACUGUAUUGGAACUUUAUCUUUAGUAAUAACAUUUUUCCGAGCUUCUUCACAAAGGACAAAAACACUGAUUGAAUGUAUUAAUGAAUAUGCCCCACAAAAUCCAAAAAUAAACACUAAUAAAAAUGUGUGA